AUGCUCCCCGUCCCCAACACGGCGCGCAGGAGCAUGCGUGCUCCCGCAGGCGCCUACGCCCCGCUGCCCUUGAGCGGAUCCGUCAUGGGCGUGCUCCGACAGCGCACCCGGUUGACCAACCUUGCCGUGUCGUUGUUGUUUGCCAUUCUCUGCCUGUCGCUACUCACCAAUGUGCAGUAUGCCCUUGCACCGCAUAUCCAGCCGAGCCCGAUCGACCUGGCUAGAAAGGAAUGGGACGAGGUGGUCGCUCCCGAACAGCUGGACUCUGGACGCCCACCAUCGGUUGAAGCCACUAUCAACCGCGAUCGCCGGAUGGCGAGUGUCAACCAUCUCGUUGUUGUCCCUGGCCAUGCCGUGUGGACGGGACACGAUGCGACCGAGGCUCACCACGACGACCAGUGGGUCCUCGAGACCAUGCAGCGUGGCGGCAGCGUCAACACGUACAUCCAACACAUUGAGACUGCGGCCGAGAUGCUCGUCAAGGACCCGCACACUUUGCUUGUGUUCUCUGGCGGCGCGACCCGACCUCGCCUCACCUCCCCGCUCUCCGAGGGCGCAAGCUACCACCGCCUAGCAGCCGCCCGUAACCUCCUCCCCACCUCGCCUGACUCGUCCUCGGUCUUGCCUCCGUCCAUGCGCGCAACGACAGAAGAGUACGCUCUCGACAGCUACGAGAACCUCGUCUUCUCCAUGGCGCGGUUCAGGGAGGUCACUGGGCGGUGGCCUGACAAGGUCACCGUUGUUGGAUAUGGCAUGAAGAAGAGCAGGUUUGAGCAGCUCCAUCGCGGUGCCAUCCGCUUCCCUGCGGCGCGGUUCACGUAUAUCGGUAUCGACGACGAGGGCGACACGACUGAACACUAUGCUGGCGAGCUCAAGCACGGCUACGCCCCCUUCCUCUUCUCCCCCUCGGGCUGCCGUCCCCCAUUAUCAUUCAAGCGUGCGGACCGCAACCCCUUCUCGCGCUAUCCACCUUACCACGCUUCGACGCCCGAACUCGCCCAGCUGCUCGAGUGGUGCCCGCCCCUGACACCCGUGGGCGACAUUACGGUACCCACAACACUGCGCGAGGACGAGAGUGGCAGGGGUGACGCCAUGGCCCCGCCAGCCGGGUUUGUGGUGUUUGAAGGGUCGUUGCCGUGGGAUGGCUUGGUGACGUUUGAUCGCGAGCGUGACUAA